GGUCCCACGGCCCGGGCAUCUUCUACCUGAACCCUUACAAUCAGGUAAGGUAUAAGGUAUGGAAAAAUGCUUUGUGUGAGGGAUUAGAAAAGAAAAGGGAUUUGUUGGAUUCCUGAGAAUUGUAACAUUAAUUGCAAAAUAAGGACUAAAAUGGCCGAGCCAAGCGAGGCUAUAAAAGAAUCGAUCGUUCCUUGGCCAGGAUCAGUUGAUUUCCCACACCCAAGCCAAGAUGAUGUUCCUCAAAGACUGCAGAUCCCAUGUGCUGUUGGUCCUACUGCUGAUGAUCCGUGGAUCGCUGUGUGUGCCUGCCCUGGAUGCAGCUCCUCCGGCUGCCACGCCCAACACCGUCGAAGAGUCGGAAAAUCUGGUCGAGGGAAGUGGCGAACCAGUGGUCGCCCCCACAGACGUGGGGCCUACAACCAACAAUGAAACUAUUCCCCCGGCUGAUGGAAAUUCGGAAGCAGCGGUGCCUGAUAAUGUGGCCAGUGGAAGCAGCAUUGAUCCCACGGCUAUUUACGCUGGAGGAAUCCUGACUCCCGAGGCCUUUCAGCAGUACUUGACUCAGUACGGUGCCUAUGCUCCCUACUCCUAUCCAGCUCCCGUUGCGGGAGCAGCAGCUGGCAUUUACCCGUACCCUGGACCCAUUGUGGUGCAGACGGGCUACGAGGGAUUCCUGAUGCCCACAAACACAGCCGGACAAUCGGACAGCACCACUGUGCUGGCUCCCGCUGCACAGCCCAGCUCCUCGAAUCCGCUGAUGACAUUUGUCUCCAAUCUUCUGCCCACGAUCCUGAUGUCCACGCUCUUUCGCAUCGCCGCCGUAGUUGUGUCCGCUGUGGGCAUCAUCCUGUUUGGCGGUGCCAUCACCAGUGCGCUCUGCAGGAUCACCCCGAUCUGUGAAAUACCCGCCCGUGCUGUGAAUAUCCUGCGCACGGGUGGUGCCCAGGAUGUGGGUCGCAUGCUGGCCGAGGAGAUGACUCCGGAGCGGGUGCGUCGGGCAACGGAAUUCGUGCGCAACGCCAUCCGGAAGUACAAGCAACUGCAGAAGCUGGUUGAGGCCUCGGAGGCGGUGACCGAGUUGACCAACUAGGGAUGGCGCAGUGGGUGUAGGUUUAGUGCUGGCUCGUAAAUUAGGUGGAAUGCAAAAUAUACUUUUAAUGAUGCUAUAAAACACGAUUUCACUUUUUUCUGUCACAUGGUGUUCUUUAGAGGUGUUGAGAAUCUUGGUUGAAAAUUUGUUACUAAGAAAACUGAUAACCAACAAUGUUUUUGAUAUAUAUAAUAUUCUUUUAAAUGGUUUGCAAAUUGUGAUUGUUAAAUGUGCCUUUUAAGAAUUAGCUUUCAAUUACUUGGAACAUUUGUAGCAACCCUCUGGUGGACUUUAUGGCGCACACUGACCAAUGUGAAGUAUGUGUGCACUUGCAUAUGUAAUUUGUACUCGCUCAAUGCCACAAGCAGC